GAGAACACCUUCACUUUUUACUUUCAACUGAUUAGAUAGUAUUAAUUCACCAAUGGCUACAGAAAAUGAGAAAGUUCUCGUUGGCGUAAUCGGUGGUAGUGGCCUGUAUCACCUCGACAAUCUUACCUUUGUCAAAACUGUAAACCCAGACACACCCUGGGGAUACCCUUCAUCACCGAUCACGAUCUGUUCUCUACCAUCCGGCUCUCUCAUCGCCUUUCUCGCUCGCCAUGGUCCCCAUCAUACAUUCUCUCCUUCAACAGUCCCUUCUCGGGCUAACAUCGCUGCUCUUAAAUCCAUUGGUGUGCGUGCCAUCCUCGCAUUUAGUGCUGUAGGCUCCCUGCGUGAAGAAAUAGCCCCAGGUCACUUUGCUAUCCCCACCCAAAUCAUUGAUCGUACAAAGGGUAUUCGUCCGGCUAGUUUUUUUGAAGGUACGACUAUUGUCGCACAUACUGCUUUUGGGGAUCCUUUUAGCGUGAAAUUGGUGAAAUGGCUGGAAGGAAGAGUUGAGAAGGUGCUUCAGGAAGAAGGUAGAGGAGUCGUUUUGCAUAAGGAGAAGUGCAUCAUCUGUAUGGAGGGCCCACAAUUCUCGACGAGAGCGGAAAGCAUCAUGUACAGGUCGUGGGGUGGAGAUUUGAUCAAUAUGAGCGUGCUCCCUGAAGCUAAACUGGCCAGGGAGGCGGAACUCAGUUAUGCGCUGGUCGCAACAGCUACCGACUACGACUCUUGGAGGCCACACUCCGAAGUCGUCACGGCUGCAGAGGUGUUCAAAACGCUUCAAAGCAAUGCGGAUACUGCAAGACAUGUCGCGGCGACUAUCCUAGAGGAGUUGUGUGCUGCGACACUACAAGGCGAUCUUUUGAGCGAGGAAAAGGGGAGUAUGCAAUUUUCCAUCAUGCCGAGGAGUGCAGCCCAGAAGGAGGAGGACGCGCAGACGCUGGCGUUUAUCCUUCCCGAAUAUUUUAACAGCACGGCCUAGUAAAGUGACAGGUGAUAUUGUAGAGAUAUGAGUGAUCUCGAUGAAUGAUCACCAUCUUUCCUCCU